AUGUCGACUGUUCGACGCCAGCUUGACCGCUUGUUUGCAGUGCACAUGGUCAUUGCAGUGGUGACGGGGGCACUUUGCUUCCUCACGCCGCACUCGCUCAUGUCUCCGAUACUGGGUGAUACCAGAAAUACGCACAUGGCGCACGAGUUUGUUCGACUUUACGGUGCACUGACGCUGGCGCAGGGCUAUAUGGUGUGGCGUACGCGACUCGUAAGUGACGCGCUCAUUCGUCGCACGUUCUGUCAGGCCUACUGCAUAUGCUUUCUGCUGCAGGCGAUGGCGCUGCUUCGUGCACAAAUGACGUCACCCGAGAGCCAUUCGAUGCUGCAUUGGGUUAAUAUCCUGUUACUUGGAGGUCUCGGCGGUUUCUAUGGCUACUUUCUCGUCUUCAAGACCAUUAAAGCGUUCGAACUGCCUGGUAUGAACAAGGGACUGCUGUGA